GUAAAUGGAUAAAACCUACAUUAACAAAAAAGCUCUCUGGAGUCUCAAUUUUAGAGCUAAGAUUGUAAAGGAGUCCUGAGAUGUAAAAGUUUGAGAACUUCUGUGGCAUUCACCAUGGUCAGCGGAUAUAAUUUCUAGUAAUUGUAACUGGAGGAGAAUGGGAGCAUUUUUCUCUUUUCCUUACCCCAUCUCUGUGCUACUUUCUUAUGCUCUCUAGGGGAGCUGUCUUCUAUUUUAUUUAUAUUUCAGGUGAGAUACCACUUAACAUGGAACUGAAUGACAGCACUUUCAAGUUUGGUUAAAAUUUAAAAACAAAAUGUUUAAUUCUAAGGUCAACUGAAUGCUUCAAUUUCCUGUGUCUUACCAGUUUUACCUAUAGUGCUUAAAAAUGUUGAGGCUCAUCCAGAGCUUUUUUUGUAAAAUCUGUGCACUGGUUGACUUUAAGUUUAAACCAUGAGAACCCAGGUUAGGUACAGAAUUUUAGUAAGGAACAGAUUUUAAAUAUUGGUGCAUGAAAUAUGUGGCUUUUCAGCUUGAGGAUACAUUUUCCAAUAUUUGUUCUAGUAGGUAUAUUGGAGGAGGGAGAUUCCCAGAACUGUGGUUUUCAUUUAGUCAACUGGUGAUUGUGUUCUGUCACCAUCGUUGCUAAGUUCAUGCAAAUAAAAUGAGGUCAAGAUGAAAAAUGAUUAUAUUUUAUUUUUCCAGCAGAGCAUCUAAUUGCGUUUAUUGGUUAACUCUUAAACCAAAAAAAAAAAAAAAAAAAAAAAAAAGAAAGAAAAGAAAAAAAUUUGUAAAAUACAUAAAUGACUUUUUCAAAAUCCAUACACAGAUUAUACAGACAUAAUAAACAUUAAUUUUGAAAGACCAAAAAACUGUUAAACCAGUAAGUCAUGCUUUUUGAGACUGAGUAGAGAGUCACACUAGUUAUUUGAAGCUUAAUUGAUCCUUUCAUCGAAUGGCUGUUAUUACCAAGUUGUUUUUCCCCCACAGUGCCUUGUAUUGAAGGAGGAGCCUUGGCCAUAAUGCCAGUUGAUGACUACUGGCUGUGUUUACCAGCCUCUCAUGCUAGACCUUUUGUGCAGACUGUCAGGGUGGCGCAGUCUUGUCCCCACUGUUGCUGGUUUCCAGGUGUUCUCCCUUCAGUCCCUGAGCCACUACGUGUGCCUGACGUGCUGCCAACAGGUAGCCACAAUGCUGUGCUUCUUCCGUCACAUAGCUCCAUCACACCCCCUUCCACAUCCCAGGAACCUUGUUGUUCUGCUGACCCCAAGCUCUGCCUUUCACCCCCUACAUCUGAUGGUAGGCAAGAGAGAAAUGUGCAGUUUGGGCUGGCUUAUCAGGAGGGCAGACUUCAAAAGCUACUAAAAAUGAACGGCCCUGAGGAUCUUCCCGAGUCCUAUGACUAUGACCUUAUCAUCAUUGGAGGUGGCUCCGGAGGCCUAGCAGCUGCUAAGGAAGCAGCCCAAUAUGGCAAGAAGGUGAUGGUCCUGGACUUUGUCACUCCCACCCCUCUUGGAACUAGAUGGGGUCUUGGAGGAACAUGUGUGAAUGUGGGUUGCAUACCUAAAAAACUGAUGCACCAAGCUGCUUUGUUAGGACAAGCCCUACAAGACUCUCGAAACUAUGGAUGGAAAGUCGAGGAGACAGUUAAGCAUGAUUGGGACAGAAUGAUAGAAGCUGUACAGAAUCACAUUGGCUCUUUGAACUGGGGCUACCGAGUAGCUCUGCGGGAGAAGAAAGUUGUCUAUGAGAAUGCUUAUGGGCAAUUUAUUGGUCCUCACAGGAUUAAGGCAACAAAUAAUAAAGGCAAGGAAAAGAUUUAUUCAGCAGAGAGAUUUCUCAUUGCCACUGGUGAAAGACCACGUUACUUGGGCAUCCCUGGUGACAAAGAAUACUGCAUCAGCAGUGAUGAUCUUUUCUCCUUACCUUACUGCCCGGGGAAGACCCUCAUCGUUGGAGCAUCCUAUGUUGCUUUGGAAUGUGCUGGAUUUCUUGCUGGUAUUGGUUUAGAUGUCACUGUUAUGGUUAGGUCCAUUCUUCUUAGAGGAUUUGACCAGGAAAUGGCCAACAAAAUUGGUGAACACAUGGAAGAACAUGGCAUCAAGUUUAUAAGACAGUUCGUACCAAUUAAAGUCGAACAAAUUGAAGCAGGGACACCAGGCCGACUCCGAGUAGUAGCUCAGUCUACCAAUAGUGAGGAAAUCAUUGAAGGAGAGUAUAAUACGGUGUUGUUGGCAAUAGGAAGAGAUGCUUGCACAAGAAAAAUUGGCUUAGAAACUGUAGGGGUGAAGAUAAAUGAAAAGACUGGAAAAAUACCUGUCACAGAUGAAGAGCAGACCAAUGUGCCUUACAUCUAUGCCAUUGGCGAUAUAUUGGAGGGUAAGGUGGAGCUUACCCCAGUUGCAAUCCAGGCAGGAAGAUUGCUGGCUCAGAGGCUCUAUGCAGGUUCCACUGUUAAGUGUGACUAUGAAAAUGUUCCGACCACUGUAUUUACUCCUUUGGAAUAUGGAGCUUGUGGCCUUUCUGAGGAGAAAGCUGUGGAGAAGUUUGGGGAAGAAAAUAUUGAGGUUUACCAUAGUUACUUUUGGCCAUUGGAAUGGACGAUUCCAUCAAGAGAUAACAACAAAUGUUAUGCAAAAAUAAUCUGUAAUACUAAAGACGACGUAAGUGAACGUGUUGUGGGCUUUCACGUACUGGGUCCAAAUGCUGGAGAAGUUACACAAGGCUUCGCAGCUGCACUGAAAUGUGGACUGACCAAAAAACAGCUGGACAGCACAAUUGGAAUCCACCCUGUCUGUGCAGAGGUAUUCACAACACUCUCUGUGACCAAACGCUCUGGGGCAAGCAUCCUGCAGGCUGGCUGCUGAGGUUAAGCCCCAGUGUAGAUGCUGUUGCCAAGACUCCAAACCACUGGCUCGUUUCCGUGCCCAAAUCCAAGGCGGGGUUUUCUAGAAGGUUCUUGGGCUCUCGACACCCACAUGUCCUGUGCUUACCACCGCCCAAGGCCCCCUUGGAUCUCUUGGAUAGGAGUUGGUGAAUGGAAGGCAGGCAGCAUCACACUGGGGUCACUGUGACAGACUCGAAGCUGACAUUUGGCAGGGCAUUGUAAGGAUGCAUCCAUGAAGUCACCAGUCUCAAGCCCAUGUGGUAGACAGUGAUGGAACAACUGUCAAAUCAGUUUCAGCAUGACCUUUUUUCUUUGUGGAUUUUCUUAUUGUCAAGUUUUCUAAUGUUGGUUUUUUUUUUGUUUUGUUUUUUCUUUUUUCUCUAUGGUGUUAAUGAUAUUAGAGAUGAAAAACGUUAGCAGUUGAUUUUUGUCCAAAAGCAAGUCAUGGCCAGAGUAUCCAUGGAAUACUCGUGUUGCAUGGAAGGGAUAGUUUGGUUCCCUUGGAGGCUAUGCAGGCUUGUCCCAGGAAAGAGAACUGUCCUGCAGCUGAAAUGGAUUAUUCUUCACUGAUGUGCUCAGCAGUUUCUUCUCUGAUACAUGUCCAAAAUGAGUACAUCUUCGAUCGACUCUAGCCAGAUUUGCUCGUUUGCUACAUCACGGACGAUUAUUGUUUUAAGGUCUGUUUAGGAAGGGAAGUGGCUACCUGGCCAGCCAUUGGUUGACAUUUGGUAGUAUAGUAUGAUUCUUGCCAUUAUUCGUCAUGGGGGCAGACAUACACCAGAAAUGGGGGGGAGUAACAGUAUAUACCUUUCUGUCUUUAGUUUAUUGUGUGUUGGUCUAAGCAAGCUGAGAUCAUUUGCAAUGGAAAACAUGUAACUUGUUUAAAAGUGUUUCUGGUAGUUUUAGCUUUAUGUUAAAAACAUGAAAUAUAAUGGCGUUAGGUGACUCUAAGACUACAUUAAUAGGAAAAUGAGUCUUUUCAUGUUUAUGAUUUAAAUCUUUUGUGGUAAUUGCUUUUUAACGGAAGUUAUUGAUAUCAUAAGUUAUUAUUACUAUUUGAACACAGGUGGAUGUGAAGGAUUUUCAUUUCAAAACCAAGUGGUUUUGACUUUUUCUGUUGAAUGAACAACUGUGCCUAGUGGAAUUUUUGCAGAAGUGUUUAUGCUUUGUUAGCAUUCCAGUUUGCAUUGUUAUAAAGAGGUAUAGAUGCCUCGAAUGUUACGUGUUUGUCAGUGAGCCGGCUCAGGAUUCUAUUUCAGCUGUCUUUUCUCACUGCAUAAGUUGAGCUUUAAAUACGUGCUGUGGACAUCAGGCCUCCUGCCAGCAGUUCUUGUAGCUUCUUUUUCAUUCCUGCCCCUCUACCUGUGUUUGUCAGCUACGGCACUGCGUGGUUGUUUCAAAGUACAUUUCUGGGCCACCUCAGGAAACCCAUGCAUCUGCCUGUCAUUUGGCAGCAGAGCCCCUGACUGUGCCCCACAGGGCUCUGCUUCAUAUCCACAUCUCAUCUGGCUGUAUGAAGAUCUAGGAAAAGGGGAAAGGAGAGGACAGUUGAGGCACUUGACCAUAUUCAGUUUUAUUUAUUUAUUUUUAAUUUGUUUUUUUUUUUCUCCAAGUCCACCAGUCUCUGAAGUUAGUAGUCAGUAUGAGAUAAUCAGGCCUAAUCAUGUUGUGAUUCUCUUUUCUUAGGGGAGUGGAAUAUUCUAUCCCCACAAGAAGGAUUAUACCUUAUAGACGUGUCUUGUUCAGAUUCUGUAUUUACCCAUUUUAUUGAAACAUAUACCAAGUUCCAUGUAUUUUUGUUACAAAUCUUCUGGAAAAAAAAAAAAAAGACAGUGUGAAACAUUAAAAGGCAUUAAUAAUA